UGGUAUUAAUGGUAAAGUAAAGUUGAAUUGGCUAAGAGAGGCAAGAGGUGCACAUUAUGGUUCUCGUAAUUUUUUAAUAGACUCAUACGAUUGCUGUUGAUGAGGAUGUGGAAGGAAACGAUCAUGGCCUAAUUGGAGUUACUCUCCUGACAUCUGCCUGGAAGCACUGAGAAAACCCGUUGAAAAUUGCAGUCUGCAGAAGCAGUGUCAUUUGAGCAAACAUCUCAUCUGGGUGUAAUUCCAAGUAAUCCCAUAGAGAAUUAAUGCCUUUGACUCAUUAUUUGGUUAUCCUGUUGCUGUCUGGAUAUUUGGAAAGAUGGCAAAUGUUUUGGUGAUUGGUAAUGGUGGAAGAGAACAUGCAAUUUCUUGGAAACUGGCUCAGUCAGAAGAGGUCAAGCAAAUCUAUGUGUGUCCUGGAAAUGCUGGAAUAUCUCAAGUUAACAAAGUGACAUGUGUGACACUGAAUGUCAAGGACUAUGAGGCUGUUGCUUCAUGGAGUAAAGAAAACAAUAUAAGUCUUGUAGUGGUGGGACCAGAAGAUCCCCUAGCAGGUGGCAUCGCAGACGUGUUGCGUGCACAUGGAGUGGAUUGUUUUGGCCCAAGCAGAGCGGCUGCUCGUAUUGAAGCUGACAAACACUGGGCCAAGAGUUUUAUGGACAGACAUGACAUUCCUACAGCAAGAUGGGGUGCUUUCACAUCGGCUGAUGAAGCUAAGGCAUUUAUUGCAAGCGCCAGUUUCCCGGCAUUAGUCGUGAAAGCAAGUGGACUCGCAGCAGGGAAGGGAGUUGUGGUAGCAUCUUCACAGUCGGAAGCAUGCAACGCACUGGACAGCAUUCUGACAGAUCACAAAUUUGGAGCUGCGGGGAACACUGUCGUCGUAGAGGAACUGCUGGAAGGAGAGGAAGUGUCGGUUCUCGCAUUUGUGGACGGAUCAAAUAUAAGUGUCAUGCUUCCGUCACAAGAUCACAAACGUCACAUGGAUGGUGAUACUGGGGCAAACACAGGGGGUAUGGGUGCGUACUGCCCCUGUCCUCUGAUUACAGAGUCUGAUUUAGCCGCAGUUACAGACACAAUCCUCCAGAAAGCAGUAAAUGGCCUGAAGAUGGAGAAAUCUCCAUUCAUAGGAGUUCUCUACGCUGGUCUCAUGUUAACAAAGGAUGGCCCCAAAGUCCUGGAAUUCAACUGCAGAUUUGGAGAUCCCGAGACUGAGGUCGUACUGGCCUUGCUGGAGUCAAACUUAUACAGAAUCAUGUUGGCAUGCUGUAAAGGUGAACUUGACAACGAAGUGCUCCGGUGGCGACAAGGUGCCUAUGCUGUUGGUGUGGUGAUAGCGAGCAGGGGCUAUCCUGAGUCAUCAUCUAAAGGCAAUGUCAUAACAGGUCAUGAGGUGAUUUCAAGAUGGCCUGAACAUCUGGUGUUCCACAGCGGGACAAGUGUAUUGGCCAAUGGAGAUCUGGUUACAAAUGGUGGGAGAGUACUGGUUGUUGUUACCAUAGCAAGCGAGUUGAUGUUAGCGGCUGCAAAGGCAACCAAAGCUUGUGGAAAAAUUGUUUUUGAUGGGGCCCAGUACAGGACAGACAUAGCUCAUAAAGGAAUUGUCAGAUCAUUGCUUCAGGAAGGCCGGUUGUCCUACAAGGCCAGUGGUGUGGAUAUUGAAGCAGGAGGCACUCUGGUUAGUAGAAUUAAACGUACAGUAGAGCUGACAAACCGUAAUGGAGUCCUCAGUUCAAUUGGUGGCUUUGGAGGUGUGUUUGACACGAAGGCUGCUGGCUACAAGGACCCUCUCCUCGUUUCGGGCACCGACGGGGUUGGCACGAAACUCAAGAUUGCUCAGGCCUGUGGACUGCACUCUACAGUGGGCAUUGAUUUGGUGGCUAUGUGUGUCAAUGACAUCUUGGCCCACGGAGCAGAGCCACUGUUCUUCCUCGACUACUUGGCGUGUGGGAUCCUGAAUGUGGAUGUUGCCAGCCAGGUGGUGGCUGGAGUGGUUGAAGGUUGCCAGGAGGCAGGCUGUGCUCUGAUUGGUGGAGAGACAGCCGAGAUGCCUGGGAUGUAUGCUGUGGGCGACUAUGACUUGGCAGGUUUUGCUGUGGGUGCUGUUGAGAGAUCUAGGCUCCUUCCCAACACAGAGAAGAUUCAAGCGGGAGAUGUUGUCAUUGCACUGACGUCUAGCGGUGUUCAUAGCAAUGGCUUUAGUCUCAUUCGCAAGAUUGUGGAGAAAUAUGGUGCUCAGUAUUCUGAUCCAGCCCCUUUCAGCGAAUCUGGAAAAUCUUUAGGUGAAGAACUUCUGACCCCAACAAAGAUAUAUGUAAGAAGCUUGUUGGCAGCACUGCAGAGUGGGAAAGUGAAAGCAAUGGCACACAUCACAGGUGGUGGGCUCACAGAAAACAUUCCCCGAAUCCUACCGGAAGGAUACAAGGUUCAAAUUGAUGCCACAAAAUGGCCCAUACCAUCAGUGUUUGGAUGGUUGGCAGCAGCAGGUGGCAUAAGUGCAUCUGAACUGCUUCGAACAUUCAACUGUGGCAUUGGAGCUGCCAUUAUUGUGAGUGCCUUGGAUGUAGAACAUGUACUUAAGUUAAUUACAUGUGAAGUACCAUAUACUGUCGGAACUGUGGAAGCACGGAGUGAAGGCACAAGUCAGGUUGAAGUUAUGAACUUUGUCUCGGCCAUGGAGGCACUAAUGAGACCAUAUGUGAACUUGGUCAUGAAGGCGCACACCCAGAAUAGAAAGCGAGUUGGUGUGCUUAUUUCUGGCACUGGUACAAAUCUGCAGUCUCUCAUUGAUGCUACGUUGGAUCCAAGCAGGGGAACAGGUGCAGAGAUUGUGCUAGUGAUUUCCAAUAGGCCUAAAGUAUUGGGACUCACAAGGGCACAGAAGGCAAACAUUCCAACAAAGGUUAUACCCCAUACAGCAUAUAAAUCACGGCUUGAAUUUGAUAUGGCCAUGCAUUCUGAAUUGAUGGCAGCGGGCAUAGAAAUAGUGUGUUUGGCUGGUUUCAUGAGGAUUUUGACUGGUGAUUUUGUGAGGUUGUGGCGAGGUCGUCUUAUUAACAUCCAUCCAGCUCUGCUGCCUUUGUUCAAAGGCACUCACGCUCACCGACAAGCACUGGAAGCUGGCGUCAGAAUUACUGGCUGUACAGCACAUUUUGUAGAGGAGGAUAUUGAUUCUGGGGCCAUCCUGGUACAGGAAUCAGUACAAAUUGAGUUGGGAGAUACUGAGGAAACUCUUGAGGAACGUGUUAAACAAGCUGAACACAAGGUGUUUCCUAAAGCUCUUAAACUGGUAGCCACAGGAAAAGUUUACCUUAACGAGACUGGAAAACUGGUGUGGAGACAGUGAAUCUCAGGAUGCAGUUCACGAUUCGACGCUAUUGCGGGUAUGAUGAUCAUUGAGGUUUCAAGCAAAAUUGUAAUGUUAUAUUCUGAAAUGCAGCCACUGCAUUAUGGCAUAUAUUUUAAGGUACUCAGUACUGUGGUAUUAGGAGCACAGUGAUAUCAGGACCAUCAGCAUAACUAGUUUGCCUUACGCUUAGGCCAUGCCCAAGGCUGUGUAUUCUUAACAGAAUUAUUUGCUCUUCAAAUUAGAACAUUCUGCAGUAGUUGAGAUGCCUAAAGAUUUCUGGUAUCCUGUUUAUCUGCCCGUUACUUAAUUACUGUAAAAGUAAUUUGAAGAAAACCUGUAACUAAGAUUUGACAUUCUGAUGCCUCAAGCAUAUCUGCAUAAUGUAUAAAAAUUUGGUUCGUACCUCACAGGGAACAUACUCCGUCUCCAUAGCAACGCCCAACCGGUUAAUGCU